AUGGAGCUCUUCCGACGAGGCGCCUCUUCACUUUUCGGGUCAUCCAAUGUCUCCCUCGCUUCGUCGAUGACCGAUGCCGAGACCGACGCAGUAGGGGACAAUGCCCUAUCGCAGAAAGGGUUUCGAUCGAUUUCCGAGUCCGACAAGCUUUUCGACAAGCCUGAUCCCGCGGUCGAUGGGGAGGAGUGUCUGCACGAUUGCGCAAGCUGUACGGUCAAAUACCCCGCCAAAUUCGACGUCGAUCAAGAAGAUGAGCUCUACGGACAUGUCAAGGGGUGGGCGACGCACUUGCUGGUUGCCACUGGCAAAUCAGACUGGGUGCGCGACAUUGCCGAUGAGACCGGCAGUGUCAUGGAGGCGAUCGAGAAGGGAGGAGUUCAACCAAGUAAUGGGAGCCUGAAGCUGUCAGCAUCCAAUAUGCCGGUUCCCGACGAAUAUCACAUGCAUGAAACAGGCAAACAGCCCACGAAUGUGCUCCUCCUCCCGAGUUUCACCGUCGUGGAACAAGUCACCCCACAAAUGGUCCCAGACCUGAUCGAAAACUUCGUGAACAAGUCCUUGACAACAACCACACCGCUCGGCGCACCACCACUCUCACCAUCCCCAGAUAACUCCAGCGAGGCAGACCAAAGCCAGCAACAGCCACCACAUCCAGCCAGCACCUCCCUCUCAACCAGACUUCGCUCUCAUCCAUGCCCUCACGCCGCCGUCAUCCUUCUCUGCUCCCAGCGCACCCGAGAUGCCCGCUGCGGACAGUCCGCACCUCUCCUCCGACGCGAAUUUGAACGUCACCUCCGGCCUUUAGGUCUGUAUCGCGACAUGGACGAUACACGCCCUGGCGGCGUGGGCAUCUACUUCAUCAGUCACGUCGGUGGCCACAAGUACUCGGCGAAUGUGAUCGUGUACCGUCGACGUGAUUUUGAGUGGUACAAGCGGGCUGAGGGGGAAGGCAAUCAGGACCAGGAGGGAGCAGCACAGGGAAUUUGGCUGGCGCGUGUGCGACCAGAGGAAUGCGAGAAUAUCAUUCGUUAUACGGUUCUACAAGGAAAAGUCCUUAAGCCGGGGAAACAAUUGCGAGGUGGGUUUGAUCGGGAGCGAGGAUUGACGAGUUGGUAG